AUUCAUGGUAGGUAAGUAGAGCCUCUAAUAAAGCCUUAAACUAAUGAGUAGAAGCCCUACGUAGAGAUUAAAAAAAAAAAAGCAUUAAAUAAAGAUAAAAUUAAUAAUUAAAUCCAAUAAACUAAUCAUCCAUUUGAUUUAAGUGUUUGUUGGUAAUUCUAAUAAUUUAAACUCAAUAAACUUGACUUAGGGAAAUGCAGACCCUAAAGUAAAGUCAGUAGGAUGGGCACCAAAACUAAAAUCUUUCCAUUUUUCUCAUAUUUUUUCCUCCUCUUUUUGUUUUUCUCUGAUGAGAGUUUUGGCCAAAAUGAAGAAGAAAUCAAAAGAUCAGAUUUUCCAGAGCAUUUCUUUUUUGGAACUGCCACUUCCUCUUAUCAGAUUGAAGGGGCUUAUCUUGAAGAUGGUAGGGGAUUGAGUAACUGGGAUGUUUUUUCCCAUAUUCCAGGAAAAAUUAAGAACAAUGACAACGGAGAUGUGGCCGACGGUCACUACCAUCGAUUUCUGGAAGAUAUUGAGUCAAUGCAUUCCAUGGGAAUGAAUGCUUAUCGCUUUUCCAUUUCUUGGACCAGAAUUUUACCCAAAGGAAGAUUUGGUAAAGUUAAUAGAAGAGGGGUCGCCUUCUACAACAAAAUCAUCGAUCAUUUGUUGCUCAAAGGCAUAGAGCCGUUCGUGACAAUUCACCAUCAUGACCUCCCUGAUGAACUCGACAAAAGAUAUGGAAGUUGGAUGAGCUCUCAAAUGCAGGAAGAUUUUGUCUACUUGGCAAGAAUUUGUUUCGAAGAGUUUGGAGAUAGAGUGAAGCAUUGGAUAACGAUAAACGAGCCAAAUGUGGUUACAUUGAUGGGUUAUACAGUAGGAUUUUAUCCACCAGCUCGCUGCUCGCCACCCUUUGGAAAUUGCUCUACUGGGAACUCUGAUAUUGAGCCUCUCAUUGUCAUGCACAACAUGUUACUUGCCCAUGCCAAGGCCGUUCACCUUUAUCGCACUCAUUUUGAAGGAAAACGAGGUGGAUCCAUAGGAAUAGUACCAUAUGGCCACAUGUAUGAACCACUAACAGACCAUGAAUUUGACAAACAAGCUGUGGAGAGAGCCUUGAUUUUCAACUUUGCCUGGGUGUAUGAUCCUUUAGUGUAUGGAGAUUAUCCUAAGGAAAUGCGAGAAAUUUUAGGAAGUCAACUUCCAAGUUUCUCAGACUUUGAGAAAAGUAUUAUAAGAGGAAGCGUGGACUAUAUUUGUGUCAAUCACUAUACCACAUUUUAUACAAAAGAUUGCCUUCAUUCAGCAUGCCCUAAUGGUGGAGAUCACCCUAUAAAAGGAUUUCUUGACACAAUGGAAUACCGCGAUAGUGUUCCCAUUGGAGAUCCAACAGGAGUAGAUAAAUUAUUUGUUGUUCCAAGAGGCAUGGAAAAAAUCAUUAACUAUAUCAAACAAAGAUAUCCCAACAGGCCCAUCUUAGUCACUGAAAAUGGUUAUUCUAUGCCACCGAGCGAUGGUAACACAGUUGAAGACAUACUAAAUGACACAAAACGAAUCAAUUACCACAAGAAUUACCUCGCUUCCGUGGCCAAAGCAAUGAGGAAUGGCGCUGAUGUGAGAGGGUAUUUUAUAUGGUCCUUAUUGGACAACUUUGAAUGGACCGAUGGGUACGCCGCAAGGUUUGGGCUUUUGUACGUGGACCUGCAGACACUUGAACGACGGCCCAAACUUUCGGCCCAUUGGUUUACUUCUUUCCUUGGUGGUAAUCCACAACAACUUACUACAUCUUCGUCCAUUAUAAAUAAAACUGCCUUUGAUUCCCUUAUGGAUGAUUAACACAGUGUAUGCCUUUUUAAAUUAUAUUUGUUUGUAUACAAAAUAUUGUUAUAUUAUAAUACAUUAAAUACUUUCG